UUUCUGUCAUUACUGUGGGGACAGUCAGCCUGGGAGAGUCUGUCCAGUGGCCAAGCGGUUGCUCAGUCCUGCACCAUGAAGCUUAGUGUGGCGCUGUUUUUUGCGGGGCUCUUUGGGGCGCUGGCAGCUGUGUUCAUCCUCCUGUCUUUUGGAACAGAUUACUGGCUCCUGGCCUCUGAGACUUGUGACCCAAAGCCUGAUGGAUCUGUCGGCCCGGGUGGUUUCAUCGUGGAGCGUGGGGACGUGGUGGUGCACGAGAACGUCAGCGACAUCACCACCUUCUAUCACGAGGGCUUCUUCUGGAGGUGCUCCUUUGGGGCCAACGUGGAUGACAGCAACCUUCUGUGGAAGCUCUGGUUCACAAAUCAGCCACACUCCAAAGUGUGCAUGCAUGCCUACCUCUUCCCAUUCCCCGUGUCUCAUCAGACCCAUAAUGCCACAGACUAUGAUUCUGCAAUAAUCUACAGAGGCUUCUGGAGUGUCUUUAUGCUGAUUGGUGUGGCAGCUGUGGUGCUCGGUGGGUUUAUCAUCAUUUGUGCUGCUCCAUUCGCCAGCCACCGGCUGUAUAAGGCAGGAGGCGGCCUCUUCCUGCUAUCCGGUCUGUUCCUGCUGUGUGUGGUGGUGAUGUACGUCCUGUGGGUGCAGGUGUUGAACGUGGUGGAUCUCUACAUAGACUACCAGCGCUCUGUGAUGUGUCAAAACUUCCAGCUGUCCUUACACUACGGUCUGUCUUUCAUGUUAGCCCCCAUCGGCAUCUUCUUUUGCCUGCUGGCUGGCCUCCUCUUCCUCCUGAUUGGCCGAACAAUCCAGAUUCACUACCACUAAGCUUCAAAAUAACCAUUGGCAGUUUAGAGAGGAAAAACGGGGGCUUGAGGUUUCUGGAACAGUAAUAUUUUUACUGCCUGACCUUUGAUGCUUUCAUAAUCUGUCUGCCCUGUACUGGAGGGAGACUGUGGGAACUCUGUGGCAGCUCUGCGGUUUAAAUGGUUUAACAGGCUUGAACAGUUUGUCCCAGGAUCAAAAGUUUCAAUCUUCACGGAGCCUAGAAAUGACAGCUUAAUCACCAUGUCCUGAACUGUUUUUUACUUGAACUUCAUUGCAUACCGUCCUGGGCUAUCCUCAAAAAUAGAGCGCUACGUGGUGAAUAAGUUAUCAUUUGAGAUGAAGCCAAAGCCUCAGCAAGACAAGGCUGAUCAUAUGUUUUUUUAGCGGUGGGACAGAACGUGUUUGGCUGAGUGUCGACAGUUAAAUGACGCAGUGUGAUGUGGAGAGUGUGUGUUCAUGUAAAGCAGUCAAACACCGAGCAGGAACCAUAUUCACCAAAUCCUUCUCGAGGGUUCCUGCAGGGUGGAGUUCAUUAUUUGUCUUGUUUUGAGCUGAGAUGGUGAAAAAGACUGAGUGCUGAUCUUGAUAACCACUUUAUUAAACAAGUAACUCAAUGCAUAUUCUUUUUACUAUGGUUUCUCUUUUAAAAAUAAUAUGAAGUUAAUAGCAUAGCAUGAUAACUUAUACAGAACAUGUUUAUUUGAGCCAAUGUCGCUGGCAAGACCAACUGCCCUGCAUUUACUGAUAUUAUAAAAAUAUAAAGAAUUCUUUGACUGCAUCAUGCUGAGUAUUUUUGGCUUGUGAUAUAUCAUUUUACCUGUAAGAUAUGACCAUGUCUUGAAACUGUGGCUGUGUGCACAUGUGCAUAUAUUUGUUUUCCCCAUUCAGUUAUCACUUAGGCAACUGUUUAAUUUGUUAAUACUAUAAAUACAAAUACUAUGUGUGAAGCAUGAAUAAAGCAGUCUUUUUUU